CCCGGUCUCCGGGAGUAGGUUAUGUUGAAACGGCAUCGAAAAGGUGGAGGAGGACGGCUGAAGGAGAAGCAACGUUCUCUUUCUCACCAACUAUAUGAGGAUUUGUCGCCUGGGGUUUUGCAUGGCCGAAUGGACUUGAGUUUACUCCACAAGACGCAGUUGGAUGUUACACCUAACCUGGGGCUGUUUUAAGUUGUAGGUUGCUCUUUUUGGGGGGGGGGGGAAAUACUUUUUGUCGCUUAUGGACUUAACGCGUUUUGAUUUAAUGUGAGACUGAGAGCGGAGACGUGGAAGUAAGGCACAAUAUAAUCUCCGUUGAUUUACGUUGUCGCCAUGUCCAUGCUUCCGACGUUUGGCUUUACGCAGGAGCAAGUCGCGUGCGUUUGCGAAGUUCUCCAGCAAGGGGGGAACAUCGAGCGGCUGGGGCGCUUCCUCUGGUCCCUCCCGGCGUGCGAACACCUCCACAAAAACGAGAGCGUCCUCAAAGCGAAAGCCGUGGUCGCUUUCCACCGGGGGAACUUCCGAGAGCUCUACAAGAUCCUGGAGAGCCACCAGUUCUCCCCGCACAACCACCCGAAGCUGCAGCAGCUGUGGCUCAAGGCGCACUACAUCGAGGCGGAGAAGCUGAGAGGCCGUCCGCUCGGCGCCGUGGGGAAGUACCGCGUGCGGAGAAAGUUCCCCCUGCCUCGCUCCAUCUGGGACGGCGAGGAGACGAGCUACUGCUUCAAGGAGAAGAGCAGGAGCGUCCUGCGGGAGUGGUACACCCACAACCCGUACCCAUCCCCGCGGGAGAAGAGAGAGCUGGCCGAGGCCACGGGACUCACCACCACGCAGGUCAGCAACUGGUUCAAGAAUCGACGGCAGCGAGACCGAGCCGCAGAGGCAAAGGAAAGAGAAAACAACGAGAACUCCAACGGCAAUAGUCACAACCCAUUGACUUCUUCCAUGAAUGGAAAUAAAUCUCUAUUGGGGAGCUCGGACGACGAUAAAACGCCUUCGGGGACGCCGGAUCACUCGUCUCUGAGCCCGGCUCUGCUGCUCGGCUCGAACACCGGUUUACAGUCCCUGCACGGCCUCGCGCCCCCGCAGGGACCCAGCGCCAUCCCGGUACCCGGCGGUGUGGACUCGGUGCACCAUCACCACUCAAUGCACCACGACACCAUACUGAACCCUAUGUCUUCUAAUCUAGUGGACCUUGGCUCCUAAAAAUGGCUGGCACAGAAGAAGGGGGACGGAGAGCACAGUUUCUUUUUCUUUUCUUUUUUCUUCUUCUUUUUCUUCUUUUUGGAGAAGUAAUUUACGAGGUGGCGUGAGUCGAGCUUCAAGCAAUUGCGGCGAGGUGCAAAGCAGACAGACUGGAACACUGCGAAGACAGUCACCGUAACAAAUCAUAUAGUCUCAUAUCCAAACCUAUAAAGUCCUUUUAAACAAAUGGGAGGAAUCUGCCAUUUGGGUGCACUUAUCCCCCAAAUUAAACUCCUGCUUGUUUCGUGGAGAAAAAAAAAAGUUUCAAGGCAGAGCACUUAAAAAAAAAAUUAGGAAUACAGCGACCAUUUUUUUUGAAGUAUUUUCUCUUUAAUUUGCUUAAAGGGGAGUGUGAUUUGAAAGAUUCAUUGAGAGUAUGAUUUGUUAAGACGGAUCAUUUGUUUGUUUUUUGCAGUGCUGAUGCAGACAAAAAGGUGAGGCGGAUGUAAGUCGUUUUAGGUAAAAAAAAAAAAAAAAUUUAAAUAACUAAAAAAGUAUUUUACCGGAAUGUAAUAACGUAACAUGCUAUAUUGUUGAAAACAAUAAAAUGUCUUAAUUCUUGUUACCAUUACCGUUGUUAUUUUAGGGGUUUAGAUACAUCAGCAGACUCUAGGCACCGUGUUGAAGGUACCCCAUCGCCUUUUUGUUUACAUUACAGGGUUU